UCAGUCAGUUGCAACAACACUCUCACUGAGGUCGGCAGCACAAAGCAGAGCCUCUCUCUUACAAGCUUGCACACACACACACACACACACACACACACACACACACACUUACACACAUUUACACACAGGCACACACACCUCCCCACACACUGUGACACACACACUCUCAGACACUCAGCACACACCUCCUCAGGACGCCUGGGAAGCUGAAGCAAAGCUGACGAGAGGAAGGAAGGAAGGAAGGAAGAAGAAGUAGUAAAGAAAGAAGAAGAGGAAGUAAAGACACGUUUUUUGGGGGAAACAUCAAUCAGGUGAGAGGGAUCUAAACAGUCGUUGCCAUGGUAAGCUGCCAGCAGGAGCCCAAACACACCUGAUGAUGCAGGUUGUGAAAUUGAAGAGCUCCCUCCUGAGGCCCCCCCGCUGACUAAUAACGAGCACAAAUCCGUACAAGUCUGGGAGCUUCAUGAGUGUGUGCACAUAACCACCACUCCACCUCUGUGUGUGUGUGCGGCACCAUGCUGUGGACAGUGCUACUAGCGCUGCUGGUGCUUCUGUUGCUGCAGACUCAGCUGUCUGUGUGCUUAAGGGAAUUACGCACCGGGGGUUCCAGCUCCCCUGCCUACUCCUCUUCAUCGUCCUCUUCCUCCUCCUCUUACAAUGCCACCCAGCAGCGACUGCCCGGGGCCAUUAUCAUCGGCGUACGGAAAGGCGGCACCAGGGCCCUGCUGGAGAUGCUCAACCUGCACCCGGAUGUGGAGGUUGCAAAGGCCGAGGUGCACUUCUUCAACAUAGAGGAGCACUACCGCCGAGGCCUCGCCUGGUACCGAGCCCAGAUGCCCCUCACCCUCCCUGGUCAGCUGACAGUGGAGAAGACCCCCGGCUACUUUGCAGCUCCUCAUGUCCCUGCACGUGUCUGGGACAUGAAUCCCGCCGUCCGCUUGAUACUCAUCGUGCGGGAUCCAGCUGAAAGACUGGUUUCUGACUACACCCAGGUCCUUCACAACCGCCUCACCCGCCACAAGCCCUACCUGCCACUAGAGGAGCUCCUGCUGCACAAGGGCCACAUUGACACUGGGUACAAGGCGCUGCAGAGGAGCUUGUACCACCAGCAUUUGGCUCGCUGGCUGGAGGUCUUCCCCAGGGAGCAGAUCCACGUGGUGGACGGUGAUGCACUCAUUCGGGAUCCUUUUCCUGAGCUGAGAAAGGCCGAGAGGUUUCUGGAUCUGCCGCCCAGGAUCAGCCCAAACAACUUCUACUACAACACCACCAAGGGCUUCUACUGCCUCCUGUCUGCAGGACAUGACAAGUGCCUGGACGAGUCUAAAGGCCGACCGCACGCACCCCUGAGCACCCAGGCCUUCAAGAAGCUCUGCCAAUACUUCAGGAAGCCCAACAAGUUGUUCUUUGAAAUGGUGGGGAGGUCGUUUUCCUGGUGCUGAUCAGUGGUGUAGAGAAGCUGUGGAGACACCAACACAUUCAGGGACGGAGAGGGAGAGAGAAAACUGUUGUUUGUGUGUGUUUUGUCGGUAGAUGAGUGGAAAGAUUUGAGUUCUGUCGAAGUCCCUUGUUGUUGAUACCUGCUCAGGUACUAAUGUGGCCAACAAUCGUGGCACAAACGUGUGUGAAGAUAUUUGGAGAAUUCAGACUGCUGUUGGCGAACACGUGGCCAACAAAACUUUGACCAUCACCAUGCAGGUGCCUCCCUGGACAAAGCUCUGACGGUUGUGCCAUACACAAGUGUGAAACUGAGAAAUACUUGCUGGUGCUUUUUUGUGGGUUGUUAGAAGAGGAAGUGCAGAAUCGACAAGUAAUAGAAAUAGAAAUAGACAAAAAAGAUGAAACGAUUUGUUGCACUAAGAACUGAAAAAAAUGCAUUUAAAAAAACGUCAACAAUUUCACACCGGAACCAGAAACUUUGAUUUGAUUUUCCUCAACAGCUGUUUGUGUUUACUUUAUUCUUUUGUCAUUUUACUGAGUUGAGUUUUAGAUAUUGGAUGAAAAUCUUUUACGGAUUAUUAAAAGUAGGCACAUUGGAGAAAAAACGACUUGUUUUUCAAAGCCGGUGUAGGACCUUGAGUAGUCUGUGUUUCUUUUCUGUAUGUUCUUCUAAUAAACGUGUU